CCCACUUGUACGAAGCAGUAGUUACAUGGAACUGGCGGGGUAAGGGACGGGAUUCCGGUGAUGGGAUAUAAAAGGCCGGCGCACAGCACUCGGGAACACACGUUCAGGGUAAACCGCUCCUCGGAAGGUCAUCCCAGCUCGCAUCAGAAUCAUGGCUCAAGCGCUGGACAUCGCAAGGUGUGACCUGGAUUGUGAGAUCAACAACACAGAUCACCGCACGGAUCUCAACGGUGUAGAUCGACUGAUCGUUCGCCGUGGAAACCUUUUCACCAUCACCCUGUACCUAAACUCCGGGAGCUAUCAGCCCGGAGUCACCGACUUCCGCCUCAUAGCUGAGACAGGACCAUGUUCCUCAGAGUCCAGUGGAACCAAGGUCAUCAUCAGCUUGAGCGACUACUUAGAUUACACUCAAUGGAGCGCAUCCGUGACCUGCUCCACAGCAGACAGCAUCUCCGUGUCCAUGUGCUCUGCUCCCGACGCCCCAAUAGGACGAUACACCCUGACCUUGGUGCAGGACCAUGAAACCAGCCUAGGAGAGUUUGUGCUCCUCUUCAACCCAUGGUGCCCAAGAGAUGCUGUGUACAUGGACGAUGAAGAGAAGCUAAAAGAGUAUGUUUUGUCUCAAGAUGGAAUUAUUUAUCAAGGCAGUCACAAAUUUCCAGUUCCCAUACCAUGGAAUUUUGGACAGUUUGAAGAUGGAAUUCUGGAUGCCUGCCUGAGAAUCCUGAACGAGAACCCCAAGUUCCAGCGCAACCCUGGCGAGGACUGCUCCGGCAGACGGAACCCCGUGUAUGUGUCCCGGGUGCUGAGCGCAAUGGUGAACUGUAAUGACGACAAGGGAGUGUUACUUGGCAGAUGGCAAGGCGGCUUUGAGGAUGGCACCAGCCCCCUGUUCUGGAGGGGCAGCGUUGAUAUUCUGCAUGACUGGGACGCCAACUCUUGCAAACCAGUACGCUAUGGGCAGUGCUGGGUAUUUGCAGCUGUGGCUUGCACAGUUGCCAGAGCUCUGGGGAUCCCCUGUCGAGUGAUUACCAACUACCUAUCUGCUCACGACACCAACAGCAAUCUGGUUAUUGAGCACUACGUUGACGAGGAUGGAAAACUUGUGCCAAAGUCCAGAGACAUGAUAUGGAACUAUCAUUGCUGGGUGGAAGGUUGGAUGACCCGUCCUGAUCUCGCGCCUGGUUAUGAUGGUUGGCAGGCUAGUGACCCAACACCACAGGAGAAGAGUGACGGGGUUUACUGCUGUGGCCCUGUGCCAGUAAAAGCCAUUAAAGAAGGGGAGCUCACGUUUAAGUACGACGCUCCAUUCGUGUUCUCCGAGGUCAACGCUGAUGUGGUGGUGUACAAGAAGAACAAAGAUGGCAAAGAGCAGAAGGUCUUAUGGACCGCUGAAGUUGGGAAGAAUAUCAGCACCAAGAGCGUGGGCACUGAUAAGAGGGAAGACAUCACCCAUCUGUACAAGUACCCUGAGGGUUCCGCAGAGGAGAGAGAGACCUUCAAAAAAGCCAACCACCAGCACAAGCUGCUGCAGCAGCAGGACGACACGGGACUGCAGCUAAAGAUCACGGUGUCGCCGGAAAUGAGGAAGGGCUGCGACUUCGACGUCUUUGCCAGUAUCACCAACAACACAAACACCACAAAGCUGUGCCGCCUCAUGUUCUGCUCAAGGGCCAUUUCAUACAACGGCGUCCUGGGGAACGACUGUGGCUUUAAAAACCUGCUCAAUGCGGAGAUCUCAUCUGGAGAAGAGAAGAAGAUUCCUCUCAGGUUGAACUAUUGCAAAUAUGGAAACAAUCUCACUGACGACAGCCUCAUCCAGCUGGCAGCACUUCUGCAAGACUAUAGUAACAAUGAAGUCCUUCUAUCAGUGAGAACAAUCUUCCUGGAGAACCCAGAGAUCAAAAUCAAGGUCCUGGGAGAACCCAAAGUGAACCGCAAACUGGGGGUAGAGAUCUCUAUGAAAAACCCCCUCCCAGAGCCGCUUGUCAAUUGUUGCUUCAGCGUGGAAGGAUCUAACCUAACCGGAGGAAGAACUAUCACAGAAACGCUUGAAUCGACGGUAGGACCUAGGGAGGAAGCCAAAAUUAAAGUUUACUUCACCCCCACCCACUAUGGGCUCCGGAAGCUGGUGGUUGGUAUCAACAGCAACAAACUUGGUUAUGUCAAGGGCUACCGGAAUGUUAUCAUUGGGAAGUAGAGAUGAAACUUAUAGGUCACUAUAUAAUGAGGAAAACAGAAUGCAUUUUCAUAAAUACUGAUUUUAUAUUAGCCCUGCAUUUUGUGCAUAUAUGCAUAGAAAUCCCUCUUUUUUUCAUUUAUACAGUAACUCCUAUGAUAGUCUGUUACCUGAUGACGCAGUAUAUUUGCCUGCCAGUCAUUUCUUCACAAGUGUUUGGCUGUUUUCAUUUAAUUACAUCUUAUAUGUUGUUUUGCAUUUUGUUUUAACUAAUAUGUGUAUUCCAUUAAACUGCUUUUUCAUGCA